CGUCGCCGAUCUUGUCCCGCCCUGCCCUGCCCUGCCCUGCCCUGCCCGAGCUCUUUUCUCCCGGGGGUCAUGGCGGGCAGCCUGCGGCAAUUCGCCUUCGUGGGCACGGCGGUUGCCGUCACCGGUGGGGUCGCUUACGCCCUUUGGCGCAAUUACCAAUCCACCCAAGAGCCUCCGGGACGCGAAGAUCAGCAGUCUCGGCUCCGGCUCGGGGUGCAAGAAGGAGGCACAGGCCCGCCGGCGGGACAGGAUAAACCAUCCAACAAGCAAAUAUUGGUUCUAGGCUUAGAUGGGGCUGGAAAAACCAGUGUUCUCUAUUCACUAGCAACUAACCAUGUAAAGCGCAACACAGUUCCCACCAAAGGUUUCAAUGCAGUGUGUGUCAAUACAGAGGAAACAAAGAUGGAAUUCCUAGAAAUUGGGGGCAGUGAGUCUUUAAGAGAGUAUUGGAAGAUGUAUAUGCCGAGAGUCCUGCUGCUGAUCUAUGUUGUAGACUCAGCAGAUCAUGAACGCUUCCCAGUUGCAAAAACACUUCUUCAUCAGUUGGUCCAGAAUAAUUCUACGUUGCCAGUAAUGAUUCUAGCCAAUAAGCAGGAUCUUGCAGAUGCAUAUUGUAUCACAGACAUUCAUGACGCUUUGGCUUUAUCUGAAAUUGGAGACGAAAGGAAGAUAUUUCUGAUUGGCACACAUGUGGCAAAGGAAGGCUUAGAGAUCUCUUCCGGCUUGAAAGAUACCCGGGAACUGAUUACACAGCUGGUGUCAGAAAUUCUGUGAUAAUGAGACGGAAUGGAAUGCCAUAAUAGGGGACAUGCAAUAGCAACUAUGAGUAGCGUCUCUUCUAAUCUUGAUGGCGAUCAAACCCCAGAUACAGAAUUGCUAUGAAAAUGGUUUUGAAAUGGAAAGAAAUGAUGUUUUGUUUAGAAGUGCUUUAGCAGAAAAGAAGGGUAGUACGCUCUGAGAGCCCAACAUUUCUAUAUAUAAUAUGUAUUUCUUUUUCUAGGUUUCAUAUUUGAUCACUCCUUCAAUUUCAAUGCAUAUUUCUGUGUCAGCUUUCCUUUAAAAAAAAAAAAAACUAUUGUGUAGCAUUUCAGAGGAGGCCAAAGUUUCUAGCCUGGCUAAAUACUGAUUAUCUCUUAUAUAUAGGGCAUAGAGAAAAUAUUAUACCUUAUGAGUGUUUUAGGGACUAGAGAUUUCAUGUUCAAAUAACUGUAGAGGUUAUAAAUUAUUUUCAUACUUGAGAAAAAUUUAAUGGAAUAUAUACCUAUACCUAUACCUAUUCCUGAUCUUUCUUUGGGACACUCCAAGGAAGAAUAAUUAAGCAGAACUACUCCACAGUUUUCUUAGUAUUAUCUCAGUUUUGUUCAUUAACAGUAUUGCUGAAUUCAAUCCUGGAAUUAAAAAAAUAGGAUAUAGUAUUGAUACUUUGGACUUUGAAGUUCGAGGAGGCCUCUGGAAAUACGAUUAGACAAGAAAACAAAUUUAUGGUUUACAGAAAAAUCUAAAGCCCUCACUUGAGGCACAAAUGACCAAAUUCAAAUUCUAUUUUAAACAUAAGAUGGACCAUUGAGAAGUCUAUAAUGCUGGAAAAUGUUGAGGAAAAAAGACGAUAAUUGGCAGCAAAGAUGAUGGACUUGAUUACAGAAGUGAUUGGGCACCAUUGGAAGGUCUAAAUGUUAGGGACAGAAAACAUCCUGGAAAAAGUCUAGGAGAUACAAACAUCUUAAUCUCCACUACCUGUAAACUGCAUGCCCACAUUUCACCAACUUAAGUAUGUGUUCAGUUAGCAUCUCCUUUAAAAUUUGGUUCUACCAAUUUCUUCACUAAUGUUUAUUUACUGUUUAAUCCCUCAGAGUCAUAUUUCUAAAAUUAAGAGAAAUGAGAUCUUGUUCAAAACUGGCUUUUCAAUCAAAUGACCAAAUUCCAAGGCCAGUAUUAAUAAUAGGAGGAGAUUUUAAUGGUAGCAUAGGAGCCAAUGAGACCGUGCUCCAGCAUUUUAACAUCCCAGACUUCUGCCUAAUCGGGUUGGUUCAUUGGAAAUCUAAAGAUAAAAAACAUUGAUAUGGAGAAUGAGAGAGAAUUGAUAUGAGAAUGAAUAGAGAGGGGUUUGCUUCAAUUGAUAAAAUUUGCCCUGAAGGUCUUCAUAGGUCUACUCCAGGUGAUAGGGUAAACUCACCUUUUUGGGACUCUAGAGGAACUUGUGUUGUAGAGUUCAUGCUGAUUUCUGAAGAUUCAGUCCCUUACUGUUUAAAUUUUAGUAUUAACUUCCAUCUUGACAGUAAUCACUUAUCCAUUAAUAGAUUCCUUUUCCUUGAGUCUACAGAAUGAAGACAACUGCCCCUCAAUUUUGCCCCAUCUGCUUUGUCACUCAUCUGAUAGGUACCAGACAAUACAGUCUAGUACAGUGUUUCUCAAAGUGUGAUCCUUUCAGGAGUCUGCAAAAUCAAAAUUAUGUGACAGUUUAUGUUGAAAAACAAUACGCUUAUUAAAAUGCCAUCAAAUGAAAUGAAGCAGUUAACAG